AUAGAGGUUUCUAAUAUAUUAUUUGAAGAUUUUUGGCAGGUUUUAAUGUAAGGAUAAAGACUAGUUGGAGCCAGUUGUAGUAUUUAAAAAUAUACUUAGGUACACUCAAUAUAAUAAAUAAUUGGCUAGAUCAGGUCAGUUAAAAAAAUCCACUGAUGAUAAUUGCUUCAAUAUUAUAGUAUUUAAAUAAAACAUAAACCUUUUUUACGUAAAGUUAAAUGAAUAAAAACUUGUUGAUUAUUGACAAAAUGACGUCACAAUUGACAGUUUUCGAUUGACAAACGACAAAAAUUUAGAGAAAACGUCAAUCCAAUUAUAAAAAUUCUCUGAAAACAGCAAUAUGUGUUCACGUGAAGCAGCCUUCAAGGUCGUCAGACCUUUGAUGUCCCAAGACUGCAAAGAAGCUCGUAGACGUGCGAUCGGACUGUACAGGGCAUUUUAUAGAUAUAUUCCUUACAUCAUAAAAUUUUUCGAUGUUGCGAAGAAUGAACAAGACUGUCGAUGGAAGUUGAGAGAGUAUUUUUAUAAGAACGCGUGUGUCACUGAUGUACGGGUCAUCGAUUUACUGGUGAUAAAGGGCUACAUAGAACUCAAAGAAAUAACGAAUUCGUGGCAACAGAAGGGCCAUAUCAUCAGACAUUGGUGUCCAACUAUUGAACCAAAACGAACCGAUUUUAUCGGCAAGUUCAUUGCAGGCACGGAUUAACUUCAUUUGAUGAGAUUAAAUUAAAUUAUAUUGAAUAAAAUAUUGAAGAUCC